AAUUAUUGCAAUAUAUAUUCUCUUUCAACACUAUCUAGGGUUUUCCUCUGUAAUCGGCUGCGGUCGUGAUCUUCAAUCGAGCAGGCGUUUGUGACUUCUGAUUCAUUGGAUUAUAACUCAGCACAGAAAAUGGCUUCAAGGUUUUGGACUCAGGGUGGUAGUGAUUCCGAGGAAGAAGAGAGUGAACAUGAUUCGGAGACUAGUGAUGUUGGACCAGUCGAGGCUUCAGCUGCGACUGCCGGUAGCAGGUACUUGAAGGAAAAUGCUAGUGAUAGCGACGACUCAGAUGCGCAGAAGCGCAUUGUUCGAUCUGCCAAAGAUAAACGAUUCGAGGAGAUGUCUUCUACCGUUGAUCAGAUGAAGAAUGCUAUGAAGAUUAAUGACUGGGUUAGCUUGCAAGAGAGCUUUGACAAGAUUAAUAAGCAGCUCGAGAAGGUUAUGCGGGUUAUGGAAUCAGAUAAGGUUCCAACUCUGUACAUAAAAACUCUUGUUAUGCUGGAGGACUUCUUGAAUCAGGCAUUAGCUAAUAAGGAAGCUAAGAAGAAGAUGAGUAGUAGCAAUGCUAAGGCCUUGAAUUCAAUGAAACAAAAACUGAAGAAGAACAAUAAGCAGUACGAAGACUUGAUUAAUAAAUUCAGGGAGAAUCCUGAGAUCGAAGAUGAAGGGAGUGAUGUGCCGACUGAAGAGACUGAAUCGGAGCUUUCAGAUAUUGAAGAUGAUCCGACUAAGAUUGUCAUAGGGUCUGAUUCCGGAGAUGAGGACGAAGGCGAAGGCAGAGGUGGUGAUGGUGGUGUGUGGGAGAAGAUGUUAAGUAGGAAAGAUAAGAUCAUGGACAAGCAAUUUAUGAAAGACCCUAGUGAGAUCACAUGGGAUAUAGUUAACAAAAAGUUCAAAGAGAUUGUGGCCGCUCGGGGUAGGAAGGGGACAGGAAGGGUCGAGCUGGUUGAACAGCUCACGUUCCUCACUAAGGUGGCUAAGACCCCUGCUCAGAAGCUUGAGAUACUAUUCACUGUUGUUUCUGCUCAAUUUGAUGUGAAUUCAAGUCUAAGCGGGCACAUGCCAAUAAAUGUGUGGAAGAAGUGUGUGCAGAAUAUGCUUGCUAUACUGGAUAUACUCGUCCACCAUCCAAACAUUGUAGUUCAUGAUGCUGUGGAGCCUGAAGAGGAUGAAACCCGAAAAGGAACGGAUUUCAAGGGGACAAUUCAUGUUUGGGGAAACUUGGUGGCCUUUCUUGAGAAAAUAGAUGUUGAGUUCUUUAAGAGUUUGCAGUGUAUUGAUCCUCAUACUCGUGAGUAUGUUGAGAGGCUAAGGGAUGAACCGAUAUUCUUGGUUCUUGCCCAGAAUGUCCAGGAAUAUCUGGAACGUGUUGGGGAUUACAAGGCUGCUGCAAAGGUGGCACUAAAGCGGGUUGAACUUAUUUAUUAUAAGCCACAGGAAGUCUACGAUGCUAUGAGGAAAUUGGCUGAGAUGACAGAAGCUGGAGAGAACGGAGAAACAGAGGCAGGUGAUGAACCCAAAGCGGCCGAAGAGAUUAGGGGCCCACCUGCAUUUGUUGUUACUCCUGAAAUUGUCCCACGCAAACCCACGUUUUCAGAGAGCAGCAGGGCAAUGAUGGAUAUCCUAGUUUCCCUCAUUUACAAGUCUGGUGAUGAGCGGACCAAGGCUCGAGCAAUGCUUUGUGAUAUCUACCACCAUGCUAUACUAGAUGAAUUUUCAAUAUCACGCGAUUUGUUGUUGAUGAGCCACUUGCAGGAUAAUAUUCAGCACAUGGAUAUUUCCACCCAGAUACUCUAUAACAGAGCCAUGGCACAGCUUGGUUUGUGUGCAUUUAGGGUGGGACUCAUUGCAGAGGGACACAGUUGCCUUUCUGAACUGUAUUCGGGUGGCAGGGUGAAGGAAUUACUUGCACAAGGUGUCUCCCAAAACCGUUAUCAUGAGAAGACUCCUGAACAGGAACGGUUGGAAAGGAGACGGCAGAUGCCAUACCACAUGCACAUAAACCUAGAGCUGCUGGAGGCGGUCCACCUGAUAUGUGCCAUGCUGCUGGAGGUCCCCAACAUGGCCGCCAAUGUCCAUGACGCCAAGCGCAGGGUCAUAAGCAAGAACUUCCGGCGGUUGCUUGAGGUGAAUGAGAGGCAAACGUUCACAGGCCCACCUGAAAACGUCCGGGACCACGUAAUGGCGGCUACCAGGGCCCUUACCAAGGGAGAUUUCGAGACGGCAUUCAAUGUAAUUGACUCCCUUGAAGCAUGGAAGCUCCUAAGGAACAGAGAGAGGGUUCUAGAGAUGCUUAGGGCAAGGAUUAAGGAAGAGGCCCUUAGGACCUAUCUCUUCACCUAUGCAUCUGCUUAUGAGUCGUUAAGCCUUGACCAACUCGCGAAGAUGUUUGAUCUUUCCGACGCCCAAACCCAUAGUAUUGUGAGCAAAAUGAUGAUAACUGAGGAACUACAUGCGAGUUGGGACCAACCCACGCGGGCUAUGGUUUUCCAUGAUGUUGAGCACACUAGAUUGCAGGCUUUGGCAUUCCAACUGACGGAGAAGCUAUCGAUCCUUGCAGAAAGUAACGAGAGGGCCAUGGAAGCUAGGACAGGGGGCGGCGGCGGAUUGGACACCCUUCCUUUGAGGAGGAGGGACGGUCAAGAUUAUGCUGCUGCUGCUGCCGGUGGUGGCAAUAAGUGGCAAGAGAAUUGGUCUUUCUCACAGGGAAGGCAAGGAGGUAGCAGUGGGCGAACUGGGUAUAGGCAAUUGGGCGGAGGUCAGAAUUCUGGGGGAGGGUACGGUAGGGACCAGCGGGGGCAGCCUCGUGGAGGAACGGGAGGGUACUCUUCUGGGUAUCAGAGCACACGAUAUCAGGAUACUGCGUACGGAGGAGGUGGAAGAACUUAUCAGACUGGUUCCGGGAGGGGGUCCCAGAUGGACGGUACAACCCGCAUGGUUAGUCUGAAUAGGGGCACUCGUGCUUAGUGAAGAUACGCAAGCGUUGUCACCUGUUUAUUCAGAUUUUUGUCUUUAGGAAUCACUGAGAUUUGAUUUGUUUCGUGUUGCUCUUUGAAGUUUUAUUUGAUUGAACUCUCAUUUAAGACUGUUCUUCGGAUUCUUGCGAAUUCAGUUUUUCUCCUUUGUUUUUUAUUUCAGUUAUAUGAUUAUGAGAAACUGGUUUUUGGUAA